GCGGCGGGCCCCGCACGAGCUCGUCAUGCCGCCGGCCGCUCCACCACUCGUCUGAACACCUCACCGUCACUUAUCCACCCGAAAAUACCCCGCGCGUAUCACCGAUUGAUUAUCGCGAAGAACAGCUGAUCACGUGCCGCGUAUACAUGUGUUCAGUUACUAUUACUACGUAGUGCAACAUGAAUGUAUUUGGUGGUUGACGUUUGUGUGUGUGUGCUUUACGUGGCCGCGUGCUAAAGGAACUUUGGGAAAAUGAAGCUGUGUACAUAUUUACUGCUGAGUUUCUUGGCAGUACGGGCUACACCAGAGCCACGGAGGUCCCCGGUUAUCAUAGAACCGCCGCACCAUGUUGAGUUCACGAACGACACUGGGACCACACUCACGUGUUCUACGAAAGGACAGUUCCAGCUGGACUGGCUGUUAUCAGACAACAGCCCGGUAACGUCACUGGUUGGCCUUCGUAGAGUGCUCGCAAACGGUUCCCUGGAACUACCGCCGUUUUCCGCAGAGCACUACCGUCGCGACGUCCACGCAGCCACAUAUAGAUGUAGGCUGCGGAUGAGCGGUGGAUUCGCUGUUCUGUCUAAGAACAUACACAUGCAUGCGGUUUUAAACAUACCGUGGGAAGUGCACGUGGCCGACGAAUAUGUGAUGGCGGGCAACGCGGCGGUGUUGCGAUGCAUCGUACCAUCGCACUGCGCCGAGCGAGUCGGAGACACGGACUGGUUCACAGAUGACGACACCAGCGUCUUCAAAUAUUUAGGUUCAAAAUACUUUCGUCUGGACGACGGAUCGCUUUACAUAAGCGCGGUGAAGCCUGGCGAGCGGUACACGGCGUUUCGAUGCCGCGUGCGAGAUCGCGUUACUGGAUCUUUGUAUUCUAGUCAAUACUAUGGUCAUGUGAUAGUGACGGAACCGAAGGGCGGCGUGCGUCCGCGCAUCGCGGUCGAGCCUCGUUCCCGCAGAGUAUCGGUCGGACACGACGUGCGGCUGCCAUGCGCGGCCCACGCGUGGCCAGUGCCCAGCUACAGAUGGUUUCGCGAGCACCACGAACAGCUAGUACCGAUAGAGAAAACAUCACUCUGGCCUCGAGCGUCGGUACUCGGCGGCUUGCUCAGCAUACAAAGGCUUCAACGAGAAGACGCGGGAAGAUUUAUCUGCUGGCUCAACAAUACCGCUGGGGGCGAAUCCGCACAUUUCACUAUCAUUGUUACAGAACCAAUUUCCGUCCGAAUAAAACCAGAAUUAAUGAGAACUAAGUCCAGCGCUGAUGUCAGUUUCGAUUGCAAGGUGUCAGGUCAUCCCAUCGAAGUUGUGUACUGGAUUCACGAUGGUAAAGUUUUGAAAGACACAGAGAGAGUACGAAUAUCGGACGAUGGUCAUAGACUGCACAUCAAAAACUCACAACAGAACGACCAGGGUAUAUACCAGUGCUUCGCGAGUAACACAAGAGACCAGGCUUAUGGCGUCACGGAGUACAUCAUUGAUGCAUCAGAUAGCCGUGACCGAAAUCUUGGAAACCGUUCGCGACGCGCGCCGCUUGCACGGAGCACGCACGCGCAUGACUCCGACUGGAACUUCACUGGGAAUAGGGAAUCAAAACCGGAGCUGGUGUACUGGUUCUCAGAACAAACACUGCAGCCAGGACCGAGCGUGUCUCUCAAGUGUGUCGCAAUGGGCCAUCCACCACCACAAUUCACUUGGUUAUUAGAUGGAUUUCCUAUACCUACUAACUCAAGAUUUGUAGUGGGGCAGCAUGUGACUCUUCAAGACGAUGUUGUCAGCCAUCUUAACGUCAGCAGAAUGACAGAACAAGAUGGCGGCGAAUAUGCAUGUGUUGCCAGUAACUCCGCUGGUAAAGCGGUGCACGCAGCCAGGGUUAACGUUUACGGUCUGCCAUACAUACGAGAGAUGCCUAAAGUAACGGCUGUUGCAGGCAGUGACUUAAACAUAAAAUGCCCAGUUGCCGGUUAUCCAAUUGAGUCGGUUUCUUGGGAAAGAGAUGGACAAAAUCUUCCCUUAAACCGCCGGCAGAAAGUAUUUCCCAACGGAACCCUUAUAGUAGAACAGACACAAAGGGGAGAAGAUGCAGGAACAUACACUUGCCAAGCAGCCAACAGGCAACGCCACGUAGCACGGAGGGAUGUGGAAGUACAAAUACUAGUGCGACCAAAGAUAUUGCCGAUUCAGCCGCUGACGAAUUUAUUGAGGGAGGGAAUGAGAGCGGCUAUUUCCUGUCAGAUAUUGGAAGGCGAUUUGCCAAUUGCAUUCCGUUGGGAGAAAAAUGGCCAGCCUGUGACGUCAUCGCCGUACGCUCCUAGCGGUAUAAUAACGAGGAGAAUGGACGAAUACAGCGCAUCACUUGUGAUUGAACACAUAACGUCACUCCACAGCGGAAAUUAUACGUGCAUAGCUUCGAACGUUGCAGGAUCGGAACGUUUCACAGUACCACUGACAGUAAAUGUUCCGCCCCGCUGGCGACUGGAACCGACUGAUGUAGCAGUAGCUGCGGGUCAGGAUGUCACUCUGCAAUGCCAAGCUGAUGGUUAUCCGAAACCGAAUAUCACUUGGAAAAAAGCUGUUGGUAAUACUCCGGGCGAAUACAAGGAUUUCAUGUUCGAAGGCAGUUCUCGUGUUCUUGAGAAUGGUUCGCUCGUGUUUGAGCGAGUCGCUAAGGAUAGCGAAGGCCACUACUUAUGUGAAGCAAGAAACGACAUCGGUGCAGGAUUGAGCAAGCUUAUCUUUUUCAAAGUUAACGCACCAGCUCGUUUUCCCAUGAAGAGCAAAACUGUGCAAGUGACAGCUGGUGAGGCGGCUCAUCUACAAUGCGCUGCUUCAGGUGAUGCACCUCUAGAAGUAAGCUGGCGAAGUCCCCACCACCACACCAUCGCUCAUCACCUCGACCAACGCUACACAAUCAGAGAACAAGUUCUGGACGACGGACUGGUAUCAGAACUAAGUAUACUGCAGACCUACCGACAGGACACAGGAGCGCUGACCUGUCGCGCUUCUAAUGCGUAUGGCCAAGAUGAAAUGCUGAUACAUCUUGUUGUUCAAGAGGUUCCAGAAAUGCCAAAGAACAUAAGAAUCAUAGACCAACAAUCACGGUCUAUACAGAUAUCUUGGACACAACCAUACGCGGGAAACAGUCCUAUCAUCAAUUAUAUCGUUCAAUAUAAAGAAGCUCCGGAGCCGUGGCCAACCACACCACAGAAAGUCAUAGUACCCGGAAGCGUGACAUCGGCGAGUGUUCAGAACCUUCAACCCGCUACCUCCUAUCACUUAAGAAUUAUCGCUGAAAACAGACUGGGACAAAGCGAACCCAGUCAGUUGGUGCAAGUUACAACAACAGAAGAAGUACCAAGCGGUCCACCCCUAGACGUACGAGUUGAAGCUAAAAGUUCAACAGAACUCACAGUGAGUUGGGAUCCGCCCCAACGGGAUCUUUGGAAUGGAAACAUUUUAGGAUACUACGUAGGGUUUCAAGAACUCAACAGCAACAGCACGGCGUUGAGCGCGAGCGGUCCGGGCGGUGCGUCAUACACCGUGCGCACGGUGGAGGGUGCAGGCACGGCGCGAGCGCGGACGUCGCUGUCGGGGCUGCAGAAGCACGCCGCCUACGCCGUUGUGGUGCAGGCCUACAACAGCCGGGGUGCCGGGCCCGCGUCGCCACCCACUACCGCCACUACCAUGGAGGAUGUGCCAAGUCUCCCACCCGGUUCUCUGCAAUGUACGGCGCUAAGUUCUCAGUCGGUGCGUGUGACAUGGGAGCCGCCGCCCACACGUGGUCGAAACGGAGUGCUGCAAGGGUACAGGGUUACAUAUGCACCCGUCACUGAUUGGUAUGGAAGCGAGGAUGCGGUGACAAAGCAGAUAUCAGGUCUACACACGACACUGUCUGGCUUGCGGCGCUACACCAACUAUUCCGUCACGGUUUGCGCCUUCACAGCGGCCGGCGACGGCGUGCGCGCCGCGCCCGUCUACUGCCACACGGAGGAGGACGUUCCAUCUGCACCAGCGGACAUCAAAGCGGUUGUUUCGUCGCGAAAUAAAAUUCUAGUGUCAUGGCUUCCACCUGCCUCUCCCAACGGAGUCUUGGUUGGGUACACGCUUUAUAUGAGCGUCAUCGAAGAUGGCAGAGAAGAAGGUACUCACAAACGUAUGUUGUCACCGAGCACAUUAUCGCACGAGACUGCAAGAUCACCUCCUCGAGCCACACACCAGUUCUGGGUGUCGGCUUCCACUCGCCUUGGUGAAGGGGAUGCCACAAGAGUUGUCACAGUAUUACCAUCUGAUACCGUACCAGCAAGAAUAACAUCAUUCAGUCGGAGUAUAGUGACACCUUGGAAGGAAAAUAUAUCUUUAUCCUGCAACAAAGUAGGUGUGCCCAUACCAUCUACCACUUGGAGCAUGAAUGGAGCCAUCUUAGAAUCUACAUUAAGAAAAAAUGUCACUAGCGAUGGGACUCUUGUUAUCAGCAUGACGCAGUACGCAGACAGCGGCAACUACACGUGUCUUGUGGAGAACGCGCACGGUCGCGACGAGGUGAUGUACGGCGUGGAGGUGAAGGUGCCGCCGCAGCCGCCCGUGCUCGCAGUCGUCGACUCUUACGCCGACUCGCUGCAUCUGCAAUGGAGCGACCAGGGAGACGGCGGCAGUCCCAUACUAGGUUAUGUGAUCAACUACAAGCGAGAACACGGUGACUGGGAAGAAUUACAAGUCGAAGCGGGUACUUCGGAACACGUGUUACCGAACCUUUGGUGCGGGACGCGCUACCAGCUUUACAUCACCGCCUUCAAUCGCAUCGGUACGGGGUUGCCCUGUGACAUCGUGCAUGCGUAUACUAAAGGCACAGUGCCCGUAAAACCUAAGCAUUCACAGAUGAUAACGUUGAACACGACAACUGUGACUGUGUGGUUAGACUCUUGGGGUGAUGGCGGAUGCGGCAUACUGUAUUUUGUCAUUGAGUACAGAGAGAUAAGUCAAUCGCAGUGGCGGCUCGUGUCGAACAGCGUACAGGCCACCGAGCGCGUGUUCAGCGUGACAGGGCUGUCGGCCGCCACGCACUACCAGCUGCGCAUCACCGCGCACAACAACGCCGGUCACGCGCUCGCACUCUACAACUUCACCACGCACUCGCUCACCGGCAUGCUGGAGGGCGAGGUGUCCCCGGCGGUGCCGGCGGCGGGCCCGCGCUCGCUGGGCGGCGCGCGCGUGCUGCUGCCGGCCGCGCUGUCGCUGCUCGUGCUCGCCGCGCUCGUGGCCAUCGUGCUGCUCGUGCGAAGGAACAAAGCAGGGCCAACGGAAACAGUUCAACCGGAGACUGGCGUAGGCGAGUCCCCUUCAGUGGCGCAGCUACAGAACAAAGUGAACCGCGACCAACAGUACCUCGCUACGCGCGCGCAGCAUCCCGCACCUCAACACCACUACAAACACGCUUCCAACGAAUAUAUCGAAGACAUCUGUCCAUACGCAACGUUCCAGUUGACAAAACCAAGCGCGUACAGUGAAAGCAGUUACAGCGGCAACGUAUACAGCGGUCCCUACCACUCCGUAAGGGGCUCCUUUGUGUAUCACGACCUAAAGCAAAAUGAUAAAUAUAAGGGUAAAGAACCGGAAUAUACUAAAGUAAGAAGAAAAGGAAACAGACUCCGAGAUCCGCAUUCGGAAAGUCAAGAGUCGGACAACUUGGGCUCGACGGACUCGGAGGUGAAGAAGAUAUUAACGCUGCACCUGCCCAUUACAGAGUACGAGGACGACGCCAGCGACGACGCGAGCGCGCUGCACUCCGACAGCGAGUCCGGCGCGCGGCUGCGGCCCGCGCACCCCACCGCCUACCCGAGCGUGGAACGUGAAGAGUCGUCGUCAUCGUCGGAGAACUCCGGGGGCGGCGUGGUGCGGAAGGCGUUUCCGUCGAGGAAGGGGAAAGCAGGCGCGCUCGGCAAGCGACACGUGCGCUCCUCCAGCGGAUACAGCAGCCACAAUGACGAGACUACGUUCAGUAUAUCGAACUACCCGUCGUUCAACGAGCACAUCCACCCUCCGUCGCGGUUUUCAGACGACACCGAGUGCGAGGGGCUCCCCCGCCGCAAGCGCGCGCCGCUCGGAGACCACAAGGUGACGCGCGAAGCCUUCCAGAUUAACGUCUGAGCCGCCCACACCGCACCACUCACACCGACACUGACCUCUCGACGAGAGACACCACGAGAGACGAACCCAUAGUGGGUUCACAUGAGUCCAUCGACUAAAACAGUCGAUCAACUGCUAAAUCGAAAGUCAUUUGAAAAGUUUGAACAAUUUUUCAAUAAAGAUCGAAUCAAUGAAAGUUUUACACAUUUUAGCUUUUCUUGAUCAAAUUUUUUAAUGAAAGGGAUUCAACCCGUCUGAACCUAUAAUUACUGAACGAACUCUUGAGGCAUGGAAACUCGUAACGAUCAAGACAAUUCAAAUUAAUUCGAUAUUUGAAAAUUUGUAAGCUAACAGUGGGAUCGAAGUCAUCUACAUGUCUCAUUUACCGUAACGGUAACAGUUGUUCCUAUUUACCA